AGACCGCAGGAUGCUCCAGGGGCCCCUGCGGGAGUCUCCCCAGGACAAAUGCUAGGAGGAGCAAGCUGGAUGUGCCCAAUGGGAGGGCGGGCAGGUGGGCAGGUGCGCCCGGUCGCUGGCACUGCAGCAGGGAGCGGUGCAGCAGCCUGUGCCCUGCAUCCCGCAGGAGCAGCAGCAGGUGACACCGAAGCCCAGGGGAGGAUCAGGCAGGCAGAAUGAGUGACUGGAACAAGAUCUUUACCCAAAACGCACUUGUGCCCCCGCAUCCGCAGAGAGCCCGGCAGCUUUGGAAGGAAUCCACAGCAUUUCAGUGUGUCCUGAAGUGGCUUGAUGGGCCGCUACCUAAGCAGGGCACACUGGAGGUGCUGUCGGAGGUCGAGUGCCAUCUGCGGAUGUCUCUGUUUGACAUCACCUACCGACACUUCUUUGGGAGGACGUGGAAAAGCACCGUGAAGCUGAUCAAGCAGCUCUCUCGGCAGCCGCCCAGGAUCGUCUUCGGAGAGCCCGUCUACUUUCACAUGUCCUUAAACCACCCGAACAUCGUGGCUGUGGUCGAAGUGGUCACCGAAGGCAAGGAGCGGGGCGGGGCCCUCCAGGCCCUGUCCUGCGGGUUUGGGAUCCUUCAGAUCUUCAGCAGCAGGCCAGACUCUUCGACCUCUCCAUCCCAGGACAAACGGUUGAAGCUGUAUCACGGAACCCCCAGAGCCCUCCUGCACCCGCUUCUCCAGGACCCCAUAGAACAAAACAAGCACAUGACUCUCAUCGAGAACUGCAGCCUGCACUACACCCUGCGGCCACACCCGGCCCUGGAGCCCGCCUUCCACCUGCUGCCCGAGAACCUGCUCGUGUCUGGUCUGCAGCCCAUCCCCGGUCUCCUCGCAGCGCACAGCGACGUGGGUGACGCCCUCCGGAAGCCCCGCCUUCAGAAGACCACCACGUGGCACCUGGAUGAUGUCUUCUUCACCUUGUACCCCUCCCUGGAGAAGUUUGAGGAGGAGCUUCUGGGACUCCUGGCUGAUGACCACGCCCAGGAGGAGGGUGGCCCGCUGGAUGGUGGUGCCCUGGAGGUCCUGGAGCGGCGCCUGCAAGUGGGUGUGCACAACGGCCUGGGCUUCGUACAGAGGCCGCAGGUGGUGGUGCUGGUGCCCGAGAUGGACGUGGCCUUGACGCGCUCAGCCAGUUUCAGCAGGAAAGUCAGUUCCUCCUCCAGGACCAGCUCUGGAAACCAGGCUCUGGUUUUGCGAAGCCGCCUGCGACUCCCCGAGAUGGUCAGUCACCCUGCGUUCGCCAUUGUCUUCCAGCUGGAGUACGUGUUCCGCGGCCCUUCAGGCGUGGACAGCAACGCAGCAUCCGUCUCGUCUUUGUCCAACCUGGCGAGCAUGCGCAUGGUCCGCUGGGCUGUCUGGAACCCUGAACUGGACGCCAGUGAUGGAAGGGUCACCUUGCCCCUGCAGGGUGGGCCCGGGCCCAGCCCCUCACGCUGCCUGGUCUAUAAGGCGCCCUCAGACAGCAGGAGCUCCGAGGAGGUGAAGCAAGUGGAGGCAGGGACGGUGCAUUUCCGGUUCUCGCUGAGCCCCGAGGAGCGCCUGGACAGCCCUGCAGUGCACACCCAGGCGCCCCGGUCGGAGCCUCGCCCCUGCAAGAGGCCCCCCACGCCCGCCUCGCCCCCCACAGGCAUGCCAGCACCCGCACCCCAGGGUCUUGCCACCACCCAAGACUCGCCUGUGGGACCAGGGUUGUCACUUUCCCAGCUGGCCGCUUCUCCACUGUCGCCGGCUCAGCGCCACUCAGCCAAACCCAGACCACAGCCACCGGAUGGUCCCCAGCCUGAGACAGACUUCCAGCUGGCGGGCAGGAUCUCUCACCUGGAAGCUGACCUGAGCCAGACCCCUUCCGUCCCGGAAACCUCUGUCACUGAACACUUACAGGAGCUGCCGUUCACCCCUCUGCACGCCCCCAUAGUCGUGGGAGCCCAGCCCAGGAGCGCUGGAGGCCAGCUCUCGCGGGCCACCAUGGCUCUCCUGCAGUCCGCCGGCUUCCCGGAGAUUCUGGACGCCAGCGAGCAGCCCGCCGAAGCUGUGAGCCCCGCGGAGCCUGCUCAGUUCAACCCGCAGAAGGAGGAGAGCGAUCGUCUGCAGAGCAACGAGAUCGUGCUGCACUUCCUGGCUUUCAGCAGAGCGGCCCAGGACUCCCGAGGAACACCGUGGCCAAAGACUGUGUAUUUCACCCUCCAGUUCUACCGUUUCCCACCCGAGACCACGCCGCGCCUGCAGCUGGUCCCGCUGGACUCUGGGAAGACCAGCUCCGGCUCCCUGUCCCACGUCCUCGUCCCCAUCAGCAAGGACGGCUCCUUUGACGCCAGGUCCCCUGGCUUGCAGCUGAGGUACACAGUGGGCCCCGGGUUCCUGAAGCCGGGUGAGCAGCGCUGGUUUCUCCGCUACCUGGCUGCGCAGACGCUGCAGAUCGACGUCUGGGACGGGGAUUCCCUGCUCCUCAUCGGAUCGGCCGGCGUCUCCAUGAAGCAUCUGCUCCGCCAGGGCCGGCCGGCCGUGCAGGUCCCCUGCGAGCUGGAGGUCGUGGCCACCGAGUACGAGCAGGACAGUGUGGUGGUGAGCAGAGACCUGGUUGGGUUCAGCAGCGUCAAGCCCAUCGGGGUCCACACGGUGCUGAAGGGCCAGCUGUACCUGACCUUGGCCAACGUGGGUCACGCAUGUGAACGGGGAGCAACAGAGUCCAGCUUGCUGCCACCAUCCAGAUCUCGGGUCAUCUCCAACGACGGAGCCAGACGCUUCCCUGGGGGCAGCCUCCUCACACGGGGAGCCCUGACACGGAGGAACGUGGUCCAGGCGCAGAGGCUGGCCGACGUGGACAGUGAGCUGGCCGCCAUGCUGCUGACCCCCUCACCGGGCAGCCAGGGACCCCCGGGCAACGCCCGCGAGGCGGAUGCCGUGCGCAGGCGCAAGCUGGAGCGGAUGAGGUCCGUGCGCCUCCAGGAGUCGGGAGCGGAGUCCGUAGGCUGCAGGACCACAGUGCUGGCCCGGCAGAGUGUGCACAUGCAGCACUCCCGGGAUCUGCAGGUCAUCGAGGCCUACCGGGAGCGCACCAAGGCGGAGAGCAUCGCCAGUGUGCUGAGCCUGGCCAUCACCACGCAGCACACGCUCUACGCCACGCUGGGUACGGCUGAGUUCUUCGAGUUCGCACUGAAGAACCCGCACAACACGCAGCACACCGUGUCCAUUGAGAUCGACAACCCCGAGCUCAGCCUCAUCUUGGACAGUCGGGAGUGGAGGUUCUUUAAAGACGCCACCGGCCUGCACACACCCCUGGAGGAGGACAUGUUCCACCUGCGUGGCGACCUGGCCCCCCAGCUCUACCUGCGCCCCCGGGAGACCACCCACGUCCCCUUCAAGUACCAGAGCUUCUCCGUGGGCCUGCCAGCUCCGGUGCAGGGCUCCCCCGAGCCGAGUGCCGAGAAGUACAAGGACCCUGGAGCACCUUGGAAGUCCAGUGCCACACCCACGAGACAUGCCAAGGUCCUGUUCCGUGCGGGUGGCGGCAAGCCCCUGGCCGUGCUCUGCCUGACAGUGGAGCCCCAGCCCCACGUGGUGGACCAGGUCUUCCGCUUCUACCACCCGGAGCUCACCUUCCUGAAGAAGGCCAUCCGCCUGCCUCCCUGGCAUACGCUUCCAGGUGCUCCUGUGGGAAGACUCGGGGAGGAGCCCCCGGUGCACGUGCGGUGCAGUGACCCGAACGUCAUCUGUGAGGCCCAGAAUGUGGGCCCCGGGGAGCCUCGAGACGUGUUUCUGAAGGUGGCCAGUGGCCCCAGCCCGGAGAUCAAAGACUUCUUUGUCAUCAUUUAUGCGGAUCGCUGGCUGGCGGCGCCUGCGCAGACGUGGCAGGUCUGCCUGCACUCCCUGCAGCGCGUGGACGUCUCCUGUGUCUCGGGCCAGGUGACACGCCUGUCCCUUGUCGUCCGGGGGACGCAGACUGUUAGGAAAGUGAGGGCCUUCGCCUCCCACCCGCAGGAGCUGAAGAUGGACCCUGCAGGUGACUUCCUGCUGCCCCCUCACGGGGUGCAGGACCUGCAUGUGGGCGUGAGGCCCCAUCGGGCUGGCAGCCGCUUCAUGCACCUCAACCUGGUCGAUGUGGAUUUCCACCAGCUGGUGGCCUCCUGGCUCCUGUGCCUCUCCUGCCGCCCGCCGCUUAUCUCCAAGGCCUUUGAGAUCACCAUGGCGGUGGGGGAAGGGAAGGGUGCCAACAAGCGGAUCACUUACACCAACCCCUACCCCACCCGGAGGGUCUACCACCUGCACAGCGACCGCCCCGACCUGCUGCAGUUCAGGGAGGACACCUUCCAGGUGGGGGGCAGCGAGACCUACACCAUUGGUCUGCGGUUCGUGCCAGGCGUGAGGCCAGGACAGGAGGAGAUCCUGAUCUACAUCAAUGACCACGAGGACAAGAAUGAAGAGACCUUCUGUGUGGAAGUCACCUACCAGUGAGCUUGGGCGCUGUAGCACCCUGGCCGACGGGGGAGCACACCUGGCCACAGGUGUGCUGUGCUUGUUUCCGUGAUGGCCACGUCUGGCUGAGCUGCUGCCCACACUGACCGCAUCCACAUGGCUGAGUUCCCUGGCCUGAGCGGGAGCCCUGGCCGGGGUGGUAACAGUGGUGGCCCUGCCCCUGUCCUCGGUGUGCACGGCACCACUUGGUCCUUCUGUCACACAAGGAGGUUGUCACCAUCUGUGACUUUCUUUUGAUUUGCUUUUAGCAAAGUGUAUUUUAUAAAAUGCCCUAAGUGAUAAAAUUGUAUUUUUCUUACUGGAUUUUGUACAGAGAUAAUAUAUUCCUUGCUAUAGUGUUUCACAGAA